AUGGAAAAUGAAAGUGAAGAAGGAAGGUCAAUGGGUGUGGGAAAUGAGGAACUUGAGGGCGUUGAGCAUGUGCAAACAGAAUUAAGUGCAGAAGACACAAUAGUGACACAUGAAGACGCUGAUAUUGAGGACUUGCAAGACAUUUUGGGGUCCGAUGAAGAUGGCAUUUAUGUAGAGGAGCCAAGAGAACUGGAUGAUUUAGAUGAGUCAUAUUAUGGAAAUUCAGAAUACAGUUUGGAUGGCAAUAAUCCAGUACAUUCUAGUAUGUUAGAGUCAGAUGAAAAUAAUGUUGAUGAUGAGGGCCAGCAAAGCCAAGAAGGUUCUGAAGAACUUAUACCAAUUGACUGUAAGGAAGACUACAUGCAGUUAGAUUUCUAUUCUGUAGGCCCUUCUGAAUUUAAGAAUUUUCAUUUUGCAAAUGUGGAGGUUGCUUAUGAGUUCUACCACUGGUAUGGAAGAAAUAAUGGGUUUUCAGCGUGUAGAGGAACAAUACGCAGGAACACAAAGGGUGAACCUGUUCAACAAACCUUUUUGUGCCACAGACAGGGUUUUCGUGAAGACAGAGGGAUCCCUGAUGAGAUGCGAAUGAGACAACGUAAAACUGAUUCUAGAUGUGGGUGCCAAGCUAAAUUUCGGGUUCACAUUGAUACUAUCUCACAACGAUGGUAUGUAAGUUGUAUUGAUGAUGGACAUAACCACGACUUGGUGCCGAAACAACAUGGUGGCAUAUUAGCUGGGCAUAGGAAAAUGAGUGAAGCAGAUAUUAUGUCGAUGAACUCGUUCAUGAAGUGUAGUAUUAGUGCACCUGAAAUAUUCAAUUCUUUUGCUACUCAAGCCGGCGGUUAUGAGAAAGUAGGUUUUGGGACGAAAAAUAUGUUAAAUCAGCUUGCGAAGCAAAGGCGGGCUUGUUACUCAUAUGGUAAGAAUGCAAUAGAGUAUCUAAGAUGGUUGGGUUUGAAUGAUCCGCUUAUGUUUCAGGGGCACACAGAGAAUGCUGAACAUGGACUUGAGAAUUUAUUCUGGUGUGAUGGAAUAAGCAGGAUGAAUUACAAAGUGUUUGGGGAUGUACUAGCAUUUGAUGCUACAUACAAAAAGAACAAAUAUCGUCGUCAUGUGGUGAUAUUUUAUGGUGUUGAUCAUCAUAACCGAACAAUUAUAUUUGCUAGUGCUAGUGUCGAAAGAAACGGAGCAAACCUAUGUCUGGUUAUUACAACAGUUGCAAUUCCUGAUUUUUUGAAAAGGUUUAAGAGCUGUAUGUUAAGUGAUUACGGUAUCGGUGAAUUCAAGCGAAGGUGGGCAGCAAUGGUCAAAGAGUUGGAGUUGCAUGAUCACCCUUGGGUUAGUGAAAUGUAUGACAAACGAGAAAUGUGGGCUACAACUUACUUUCGGGGAAAGUUUUUUGCUGGGUUUCGGACUUCAUCGCGGUGUGAGGGCUUUCAUUCUCAACUGUUGAAAUUUGUCCGGUUAAGGUACAAUUUAUCAGACUUUGUUCAACACUUUCAUAGAUGUCUCUGUUACAUGCGAUUUAAGGAAUUAGAAGCUGAUUUUGCUUCUGGUUAUGGAGUUACUGUGUUACAGACUAAUUUUAGAAGUCUGGAAAGGUCAGAAUCCACCUUACUUACUAAGGAGGUUUUCAACUUGUUUGUGCCUGUUAUUAGCCUUGCGUCUGAGAUGAUUGUGACUGAAUUUAGACGACCAACAGGGGAUGCAAGGUACAAAGUAGUACAGUAUACGAAGGAAUGUAAGGCUUGGAAUGUGUACUAUGAGCCAACCACAGGUGACUUUAGAUGCUCUUGUGAAAAGUUCGAAACAUAUGGCCUGCCUUGCGAGCACAUAUUGGGUGUAUUUGUAUUUCUUCACAUCACUGAAUUGCCCAAUAGUCUAGUCUCAAAAAGAUGGACUAAAGGUGCAAAGGAUGGUUUUAACUUUACAGCAGUGGAUGGAGGUAUGUUAUGGGAUUCUGAAUUGAUUGCUAGGUAUGUGUGUUUGGUAGAAUCAUGCAGGGAACUUUGUACAUUGGCUUCUAAGACUGCUGAAGAUUUCAACAAUGUUAAGGGGAAAAUUGCAACUGAAAAACAGUUGUUGAAAGACAAGGGUGUAACUGAAGAAGAUGGCGAUAUUGGUAGCACCUCAAAUGGUCUAGGUGGUUUGACUAAUGGAGGACCUGUAAGGAGACCCCGGCUUCGUACCACAUCAUCAGCUUCCGGUUUAACAACGAAACGUACAAUAAGAUGUAGUGCAUGUAGGGUCGCUGGGCACAAUAGAUUGACUUGUCCAUUGUUAAGGGACAUGGACAUUAACAUUGACAAUGAGAGCGACGAUAUGGAUGAAGACAUGGAUGAAGCUGACGUCAAUUUGUCUACUGAACAUGAAGAUGUCGAAUAUGAGGGCAUUGACCACGUUAUGACGUUUGUUAUGUGA